GGCGGGCAUGCGAGCAGCCGGGAGCCCGCCCGCCGCCACCCACCUGCCGCCCGCCCAGCCGCCAGCCGGGGCGCCGGGCUCGCCCCCCGCCGAGCGAUGUCCAGGAGGAAACAGAGCAACCCCCGGCAGAUCAAACGUUCCCUGGCAGCGAUGGAGGAAGGUGAGGACGGCCUGGCAGGGGAGAAGAGCCCCUCAGAGAGGGAAGGGGCUGCCUCGGACUACGAGGGCUCUGCUGAGCACGACCCCUCCAGCCCCCCUGGCAGCGAAGAGUCAAGAGAUGCCCCAGAAAGUCCAAAGGAGACGGAGAAGCCGGAUCCUGGAGAAAACCUGCAGGACCCAGACGCCUGGAACGGGCCGGAUGAGCUGGAUCUGGCCGUGCAGGACGGGGAGAGGCGGGUGCAGACCCGCAGGAGCCUCCCCGAGGGCUUCUCCUGGGGACCCUUCCAGGGCAGCAUCCACAGCGAGCCGGCGUCGCCAGGGCACGGCGAGACGAGCUCCCCCGUGACACUGGUGCUGGGGGACGAGAGCUGCUGGCUGUCCCGGCUGCCCCUCGUGCCCGCAGAGCCCGACGCCAACGCUGUGAUCUACAGGAAGGACGAGGCCCUGUGGUGCCGAACAACGCGAGCCCUGGGGGAGGCCGAGGCUGUGUGUGCCUUCGUGGUGGCAGAGCCUGCCGCCAUCCCUGCCGCCCCUGCCGUGAAGGCAGAGCCCGGGGACCCGCCGUACCCGGCCGCGCUGCGCUCCGACAUCCAGCUGCUGCCGCAGCAGGCUGGCAUGGCCGCCAUCCUGGCCACCGCCGUGGUCAACAAGGACGUCUUCCCAUGCAAGGACUGUGGGAUCUGGUACCGGAGCGAGCGCAACCUGCAAGCUCACCUGAUGUACUACUGUGCCAGCCGGCAGAGCGCCGGCUCGCCCGCCCUGGAGGAGAAGCCCAAGGAGACCUACCCCAACGAGCGCAUCUGCCCCUUCCCCCAGUGCAAGAAGAGCUGCCCCAGCGCCAGCUCCCUGGAGAUCCACAUGCGGAGCCACAGCGGAGAGCGGCCGUUCGUCUGCCUCAUCUGCCUGUCUGCCUUCACCACCAAAGCCAACUGUGAGCGUCACCUGAAGGUGCACACGGACACCCUGAACGGCAUCUGCCACAGCUGUGGCUUCAUCUCCACGACGAGGGACAUCCUCUACAGCCACCUGGUCACCAACCACAUGAUCUGCCAGCCAGGCUCCAAGGGAGAGGUGUACUCACCAGGGCCAGCGCUGCCUGCCACCAAGCCCCUCGCCCCUGGGCUGAGCCAGCCGAACAACGCGUCGCUGCGCAAGUGCAGCCUGCCCGCCUUCCUGCCCGAGGGGCUGCCGCAGCACGUGGUGCUGCACGGCCCCCUGCCCGGCCCCGACGCCGGGACGCCCCCAGCACAGCCCGCCUCGCCCCCCGACGCCCGGCCCGGCACGCUCUCACCGCCCACCCAGCCACAGAACGGGGAAGGGCCGUCAUCAUCAUCCUCCUCCUCCUCUUCCUCCUCCUCCGGCGAGGCCGUCCGCAUCAAGGAAGAGCCGGCUGGCAGUCCGGCGAGCGAGGCCGAGGCGCCGAGAAGCGGCGGCACCGGGGAGGGGGGCGGCAGCCCCGACGCCUGCUCCCGAACCUCAUCUCCCCGCAGCCUCCCCUCGGCCAAGGUCAAGUCGGAGCUCGCCAGCCCCACGCCGGGCUCCAGCCCGGUGCCCAGCGAGCCGGGGACGGGGGCAGCCGGCGGCACCGUCUUCCUCCCGCAGUACGUGUUCGGCCACGAAGCGGCGGUGGUGCCGCAGGCCUCGGAGAUCCUGGCGAAGAUGUCGGAGCUGGUGCACAGCCGGCUGAAGCAGGGCCACGGCGGCACGGUGCCGCCUGCCGUCUACGCCGGCGCGCCGGUGCCCAAGGGCGCCACGUGCUUCGAGUGCGAGAUCACCUUCAACAACAUCAACAACUACUACGUGCACAAGCGCCUGUACUGCUCCAGCCGGCACCUGGCCGAGGACAGCCCCCCCGGGGCAGGGCGCAAGCUCAAAGGUCCCCCCGGGGCACACAAAGGUCCCCCCGCGCCGGGGCCGCUGCUGUCCCCCCCGGCGGGCGAUGGGCAGGGGGCAGGGGACGGGGAUGCGGGCCGCGAUGCCACACCGCCGGCCGCCGCGCCCGAGGUGAAGACGGAGGAGGGGGGCGGCAAAGUGGGGUCACCCGAGGCGGAGGUGGGGUCGGGACGGUGCAGCGAGGACAGCCAGAGCCCCGGCAGCUCGGUGGGGGACGAUGGGGACGAGGACCCCAGCAAGACGCUGUGCGAGGCCUGCAACAUCCACUUCAGCCGCCACGAGACCUACGUGGUGCACAAACGCUUCUACUGCGCGUCCCGCCACGACCCGCCGCUGCGCCGGCCCGCCGCCCCCAAAGUGCCCUUCGUGCCGCAGCCCCUGCGCACCCGCAAGCGCCGCAAGCUCUACGAGAUCCAUGGGGCCGCCCGCCGCCCCGCCGAGCCCCCGCCAGCCCCUGACCCGCCGCCGGCCCCCGACCCGCCGGGGGCUGCCGCUGCCUCGCCCCGCUCCAGCCCGGACGCCGACGGGCCCAUCGACCUGAGCAAGAAGCCGCGGCGGCAGGGCGAGGCGCCGCCGGCCCCGCUGCUGCCCUUGGCCGACUACCACGAGUGCACCGCCUGCCGCAUCAGCUUCAACAGCCUCGACGCCUACCUGGCCCACAAGAAGUACCAGUGCCCGGCCACGCCGCUGCAGCCCCGCACCCUCGAGCACCUGCAGAAGAUGAAAGGGGCCAUGGCAGCCCCCUUCAAGGGUCGGCGCAGCCCCAGCAGCCCCGGCGAGGGGGACCCUGAAGGCGUGCGGGCGCGGGCGGCUGCGGCCAGGAGCCCAGGCGUCCCCUACCCCGGCGCUUCUGGGGGGGACUCGCUGCAGCGGCACCCCAAAGGUCCCCUGCUGCCCCCUGCGACCAAGGGACCGCUCUCCGCCUGCCCCUACUGUCCCCUCAACGGGGCCAUCAAGGGCGACCUCCUCGAGCACUUCCGCACGGCCCACGGGCUGUUCGUGGCCAAGCCGGCGGCGGCCGGGCCGGGGCUCCCCGACAGCCCGGCGCCCGCCGCCCGCAGGACGCCCGAGCCCCCGCUGCCCGCCGCCUCGCCCCCGCGCCCGCCCGGCCCCCGCCUGCGCCGGGACAGCUUCAACAGCAAGGAGGGGCGAGAGGGCAGCGGCAGCCCCCGGCCCCCCGCCUCGCCCCGGCCCCCCGCCUCGCCCGGAGCCCCCGAGGGACUGCGGGAAGCCGCCCACAAAGCCCCCACUCCCCCAGCCUACACGGACAGGGGGGUACAGACCCCGCCGGCCAAGGCCGUGCCAGGCCCCGUGCCCAACGGCAACCACAGGUACUGUCGCCUCUGCAACAUCAAGUUCAGCAGCCUCUCCACCUUCAUCGCCCACAAGAAGUAUUACUGCUCGUCCCACGCCGCCGAGCACGUCAAGUAAAGCCCCUUCCCCGCUGCCCCCCAACACCCCAGCUCGGGGUGAGGGGGCUGCAGGGCUGGGGGACUGGGAAGCGAUGCCAGCACCACCCCAUUGCGGGGCUUGGGGUGAUGGAGGACCCCCGGGAGGCUCUGCCAGGGCAGCUUCAGCAUACAGAUGGCUCUCCCCCCAACUUCACCCUGGGUUGGGGGUCCUGCGCCCAGGACCCUGUGGGGAGGAGCGUGGUGCUGGUGAGUGGGGUCCUACCUCUGCCCCCGCUGCAGCAGAAGCCAAUGCUGCAGGGAAACUGAGGCAGGGGGAAGAUGCAUCGGCCUGCCCUGGCCUGGGGGCUGCAGGGGGGCUCUGCCCCCAGGUAGACACUACAGAGCUGGGGAAGGGGGCUUGGCCUCGGGCACCCCAAGAAGCGUGUGGGUGCCCCCCACCACAACCCAGACCCUGCAGGGAGACAGCGCUGAAGGCGAGGAUGCUGCUGCCCUGGGAACUGUGUGUAUAAGUGUGUACAGAAAUAAAUAUGUCUAAUACA